AUGCCGGUCAAUAUACACGUUUCGCUGUCUUGAUAUUCCUGGCGGACACCUAUUGGUGACUAGAAGUCGUUCAGAAGUUGCUUGGCAGAGACUCGCAUGGUUUUCAAAGUCGGGCUGGUGUCCUUCGCAUACAGCUAAUAGUUUAUCUUCCAGAAGCCAAUUUCACAACAUAUUUCGGCCCAAUAACAAUUAGGCAGAACAUUGGUUUACAGAGAGCAGAUUGCAAGAGAUCGAUACAUCAGUGUUCGUCUCUCCCACUCUAAUACUGGCCUUGUCGAUUACACGUACAUAUGUAGUCACUAGGAAGACAUGACAGACGGAAAAACGAAGAAUGAGAGAAAGGGGUUGGGUCGGUUGAUAGAACCAUUGAAACAAGGAUCUGCAUUCUUGAUUAAACAAUGGAAGAAGAUACAAGGGAUCGUUCUUCGGAAAGGAAAUGGUACAUCGACGGCCGAAAGUGAUCCACCCACCACCGAACCUUCCAAAUGCCCAACAUCGUCGGCAGUUGGAGGAGAGACAACGCGGCAUGGCGAUUCAUUUCAAGAAAAAGUGAUCGCAAAACGCAAAAGACCCGUUUUGAACGUUAUUGUGCUGAGUAUAGCUUUUGUAUUUGUUUAUACCGCCUUUCUGUCACUACAGAGUCUACAGAACACUAUAAACGCCGAAGGUGGAGUCGGUGUAGUGUCGCUAAGCUGUAUUCACGGGAGCACCGUUGUAUCAUGUGUUCUGGCGCCAUGGAUUAUUCAACGACUUUCUACAAAAUGGACAAUAAUAACAUCUUUUUCGUUUUUCCUGAUGUACAUAACCGCGAAUUUCUAUCCAGAACAUAUUGUAAUGAUACCAGCUUCCAUUUUAUUAGGUAUGACAUUCGGUCCGCUUUGGAGCUCCCAGUCAACGUAUUUGACUACGGCUGCGCUAGACAGGGCCCUUACUACGGGAAACGAGGAAGAUACUGUUAUAGCACAAUUCAACGGUUUGUUCUGGGGGAUUCUACAAUUAAGUCAGAUAGCGGGAAACGUAAUUUCUGCGUCCGUACUCGCAGACGAUCAUGUUGCCCAUUUAAAUAAAAACGCAAGUCACAGAAACGCACCGUUGUGUGGUGCCCAGGACUGCAGUGUCCACAACAAAUUUAAAGUGGAUUUCCGAGAAAAAGACCCCCUUUUUGCACAUGUGCCACGAAAAUUUGAGUACGUUCUCCUUGGUAUAUUCUUAGGAUGUGUGUUGAUGGGAAUUGUUAUUGCCGCAGUGUUGCUUGACAGACAAGAGAACGACGAUGACGAAGAAAAAGACAAGCAACAAGAGCCUGCUAAUCAAAGAUUACUUGCAUCUUUACGUCUUCUGAAGUCCAAAGAACUGCUACUGCUGGUGCCUCUUGUUGUCUAUACUGGGAUGGCGCAAGGAUUUGUUUAUGGAGACUUCACAAAGUCUUUCGUCAACUGCUCACUUGGCGUACAUAACUUGGGCUUGGUUAUGAUUUCUUUUGGUGCCACAAAUGCCGUUAGUUGUUUCUCUUUGGGAUUCCUCAACAAGUAUACCCCAAGGUCGCACAUAAUAAUAGCUGGGACAUUCUUUAACGUGGGCAUAUUAAUCGUUCUGCUGAUUUGGAUACCUGACCAUACUGAUAUACCUAUGUUUUUCGUAGUUGCUGCUUGCCUCGGAGUAUGUGACUCUAUCUGGCAAACUCAGACUAAUAGUCUUUUUGGAGUAAUUUUCCGGAGCCGACAGACAGAAGCCUUUGCAAAUUUCAGGAUGUUCCAGGCGACUGGAUUAGCAAUUUCCUUUGGAUACAGCUAUUUCUUGUGUGUGGAAACCAAAGUGUUUAUCCUCGGCACCACCUUGGUGGCAGCGUUAGCAGGAUACGUAGUACUCGAGUGGAGGCAGAGGAAAUUCGACCAGGGGGUCAAUUUCAAUGUUGUUGUACUUUGAAUGUCGACCAAAGAUCAGGAGGAGAGUGCGAGCAAGUGUUUCAAAAUAACUUAUGAGCAGAUAAUUCGACCAUAUAUGAUUAUGCAUAGAAAGGAGUAGAGCAGAAGUGGAGACAAGAAUUAAAUGUUAUUGUUUCAUUAUAUAUAGAUGUAUGAACGUAAAGGGCAAUCACCAGCUUUCUUUGUUAAAGCAUCAAACGAACGCAGAUUAAGUCAUGUAUAAUUCAAUGGUGAAAGAAAACACACAUAUCGAAUACCGAAAUACAUAAACUUGAUGUCUUUAGAAUAUAUGAUGGUUAGGUAGUUCGUCAUGGAGAAGUCGUCCUCCCAGAGUUCGACUAAAAGAUGGUAGAUUCGCAAAAAGAGGGGUAUUCAGUCAGGGUUAUGGUAGAAAGAUAUUAAUUAAGUGAAAUGUAGGUCUACAUGUACAGUCAUAUGAACUCCAAGAGAUGUCAAACAUAAUUUUCUACAAGGGUAUGAGCAUUGCGAGAAGCUUGCCAUUUUCACGGAAAGGGGUAUCGAUUUCAAGGGUUUAACAAAAAAUGUAUUUAAAGGAUGACAAUUGUGUAUGAUUGUAGAAAGGGGUAACGUCAAAAGAAUGUUUAUAGAUAUAUGGUUGACGUAUUUAGCACAAAAUUGGCUUAGUCCGCUUAGUAACAUUGACCAACUGGACGUUGUAACCUACCAGAAAUAAUUGGUUACCAAUCUGGUUAAAUGUGAACAAAUCUAUUUAUAGUGCUAAUUGGCCAGAUUCCAUGAUACAUAGAAGCAAAAUACAUUGAACAUGUAUGUAGUAUUCCUCGGAAAAGCAGCGAGUCUCUUUAAUGCCCCUUUCUUUGAAUUUCUCUCUACGAACCAAUUAUACUGGCAGGACUGUUUAUGUGUAAAGACAAAAAUUGUGGCACCGAAAAAGAAAAGUGGGAACUUUAUCUCAAAGACGGUUAUAUACAAGAUUACUCGAAUGUGAGAAAUUGAAUGUGACACUAUCUAAAUUUGCGCAACUUGAGAUAAAAUAUCCAUCUUGUUUCUAGUUUUAUAGAACUGUACGUAUUGAGCAUGGUGGCAAGUCCGUUGGACACCCCUUCGCUGGAAAUGUGUAGGGUUUUUGUCACAAGAAAACAUUAUGAAUCAUACAUGUAGGUUGAAACACCUACGGGGGACUGUGAACAACAGGCUCGUCGAGCAACAGCGAAAUUUUCUCCGAAAUCGGGAUGUUUAAUAAAUGAUUCUUAGAACUAGCAUGAUGGAAAGAAAUAUACACCUGCCUUUAAAAUCGUCAAUUCAACAAUCCGCCACAGUUUCGCAUUACUCUAUGCAGGCUGGGGGGAAUAUACUAUGGACUAGCUUAGCUUGGUUGUGCUUGUAAAAGUCUUUGUGGGAGCUAAGAAGGAAGCUGUUGUUCCCCCCAUAUACAUAUGCUUGGCAACGGCAAUUAUCGUUUUUGAGACCUGAUAUAUUAAGAAUAAGAACUACUAUCCAGAAAGCGCAUGGCUCUUUAGUAAAUGAUAUAGGUGCACUAUUUAUAUGUAAUGACGGUUUUCCCCUCAAUGGUCUUUCCUCCAAACUCAGGUACAGGUAUUCAUUCGUCGUUGCAAUCAAGGAACUAUUACACUCUACAUGUAACAGAGUCGAUGAAUGCAUUCUAUACAAGAAAUGACAUUAUUACGUUGCAGAUUAACAGCAAAAACUGACUUCGAUCACGAACGCCAAAACAAUACGCCAGUUUUCAAUGGAUCUCAAAUGUGUUGACGUUGCUGUAAUGCAUGGAACGUAGAAACUUAGACAUGAUGGGGUAUAAACGGGACAUUUACGACCAUCUACUUAUAUAUUAUCAUGAGAAUAGUUGAUUCUAUGUUUCAAGAAAAAGGUGUGCAAAUAAUCUGACCAUGUGUAAGAAAAGAUAUGAAAAUACUUAAUGUGAAACGAGCUUAUGGUAUUAAAAUGCGUUCAUGUUAUCCUCACAG